AUGAGCAAUAUAAUCAACAAAAUUUUCAAUUCAGGAAAGCGAAACACCAAACAGUCGGGCUACCUACAAACUGUUUCACAAAUUGGUGAGCCUUUUGAAGUGAAGCACAAUGUGCACGUCGGUUUCAACAUAGCCACCGGGAAGAUCGAGGGCCUUCCCGAGCCAUGGCUGUGCCUGAUCAACGGUUCCAAUAUCACGCCGCAGGAGCAGGCAAAAAAUCCCCAAGCAGUGAUCAAUGCUUUGAAGCUGUUGACUCACAAUAUGAGCCAUGAAAAUAAAUACCUGGCAAACCAAGACAUGAUCAACAAUGAACUGCAGGAGAUUGAAGAAACCUGGCCAAGGUCGAAGGAGAGCUCAAAGGUGUUGCUGGAUGACGAUGACGAUCAGCAGGAGCACCAGCCAAAGCAUAAUAAACAUUCCGAACCGACCAGCACAACCAACGGCCAACACUACCACGAGCCUGGCAAACAUUCAGAAAGCAAAGCCAACUACCGACGCUCUAAUGAGGAGAACAAACCUAGUCGCGAUGUAAACUUCAAUGAGAAGGCGCACUCAAAUGAUGCCAAUAAUAACAACAACAACAACAACUUCAGUCACGCCAAAGUCCCACCCAGUCCACCGGUGAACGUGAACAUCCCCUCGGCCAAUGAUGUUCCCGCCAAACCACAACUUCGCAAGCGUACACCAAAGACCAAACAGAUGUCUGAAACGGAGAUUAAGCAGGCUCUGAAGGAGAUCGUCAAUCCCGGUAAUCCUCGCAUUCGCUACAAGCUGCUGAAAAAAAUUGGCUCGGGCGCCUCGGGCACCGUCUUCACAGCGCUGGAUCAGGAGACGCGUGAAAAGGUGGCCAUCAAGACGAUGAAUCUGGCACAGCAACCUAAGUCAGAGUUGAUCAUUCGCGAGAUAUGCGUCAUGAAGGAGAAUCGCCACCCGAAUUUGGUCAACUUUCUGGACAGUUAUCUGGUGGAUAACGAUCUCUGGGUGGUGAUGGAGUACUUAGAGGGCGGUCCACUCACUGACGUUCUCACUGAGACGAUCAUGCGAGAAGGCCAAAUUGCCGCCAUCCUCUUGGAGAUUGUCAAAGCAAUAUCAUUUCUUCAUUCUAAGGGUAUUAUUCACCGUGAUAUCAAAAGUGAUAACAUUCUCCUUGGAAUGGAUGGUACCGUCAAAGUGACUGACUUUGGAUUCUGUGCGCAAGUGUUGCCUGAAGAAAAACGAGAAACAAUGGUAGGCACACCGUACUGGAUGGCGCCAGAAGUGGUCACCAGAAAGAAGUACGGCGAUAAAGUGGACAUUUGGUCAUUGGGUAUAAUGGUCAUUGAGAUGAUUGAGGGAGAACCGCCGUAUAUCAAUGAAACUCCCUUAAAAGCACUUUACCUGAUUGCUUCCAAUGGCAAACCCGAGGUGAAAAACAAAACUGGAAUUUCAGCAGAGUUGGCCGAUUUUCUUGACAAAUGCUUGAUGAUUGAUGUUGAAACUCGUUCAUCAGCUGAAGAACUGUUAACUCAUGAAUUUCUUAACAAAGCCGAAGAUUUAAGCACUAUUGUGCCACUUAUUAAAACUGUCAAAAAACUUUUGAACAAGUAA